AUGGUGAAGUCAUCGCUAAGGGUCUGGGCCACUGAAAGGGCACAGCUUACUGUCCAUCAGCUAACACACACAGGAGAGAAACCUUAUGAAUGUAAUGUGUGUGGAAAGUCUUUCAGCCAGAAGACACACCUUACUGUCCAUCUGACAACACACACAGGAGAGAAACCUUAUGAAUGUAACCUGUGUGGAAAGUCUUUCAGCCAGAAGUCAUACCUCACUGUCCAUCAGAGAACACACACAGGAGAGAAGCCUUAUGAAUGUAUCCUGUGUGGGAAGUCUUUCACCCAGAAGGCAAACCUUACUGCUCACGAGAGAACACACACAGGUGAGAAACCUUAUGAAUGUAACCUGUGUGGAAAGUCUUUCAUGCGGAAGUCUAAACUUACAUAUCAUCAUAGAAUACACAUAGGAGAUAAACCUUAUGAAUGUAAUGUGUGUGGAAAGUCUUUCAUCCAGAAGGCACACCUUACUGUCCAUCAGACAACACACACAAGAGAGAAACCCUAUGAAUGUAACGUGUGUGGAAAGUCUUUCAUCCGGAAGGGAAACCUUACUUUUCAUCAGAAAAUUCACACAAGAAAGACACUUUAUGAAUGUAACAUGUGUGGAAAAUCUUUUCACUUGAAGGCAUACCUUACUGUCCAUCAGAGAACACACACAGGAGAGAAACCUUAUGAAUGUAACAAAUGUGGGAAGUCUUUCACCCAGAAGACAAACCUUAAUGCCCAUCAGACAACACACACAGGAGAGAAACCAUACAAAUGUAAUAUAUGUGGAAAGUCUUUCACUCAGAAGGCACAAAUUAAAAUCCAUCAGACAACACACACAGGAGAGAAACCUUAUCAAUGUAAUGUGUGUAGAAAGUCUUUCACUCAGAAAGGAAACCUUAGGGUCCAUCAGACAACACAUACAGGAGAGAGACCUUAUGAAUGUAGCAGGUGUGGAAAGGCUUUCGCCCGGAAAACAUGCCUUACUAUCCAUGAGACAAUACACGCAGGAGAGAAACCUUAUGAAUGUAAUGUGUGUAGAAAGUCUUUUGCCAUGAAGUCACAACUUACUGCCCAUCAGGCAACACAUACAGGAGAGAGACCUUAUGAAUGUAGGAGGUGUAAAAAGUCUUUCAUAAAGAAAAACAGCCUUACUUUCCAUGAGAGAAAACACACGGGAGACAAACCUUAUGGAUGUAGCUGGUGUGGAAAGUCUUUCAUGCGGAAGUCAAUCCUUAAAUCACAUCAGAGAAUACACACAGGAGAGAAACCUUAUGAAUGUAUGGACUGUGGAAAGUCUUUCAGGUGGAAGGCAGCACUUAACAUCCAUCAGAUAAUGCACACAGGAGAGAAACCUUAUGAAUGUAACAGCUGUGGAAAGUCUUUCACCAGGAAGGUAUACCUUACUGACCAUCAGAGAACACACACAGGAGAGAAACCUUUUGAAUGUGACCUGUGUGGAAAGUCAUUCAGCCAGAGGGGAAACCUUACUGUCCAUCGGAGAACACACAGGAGUAAAGCUUUAUGAAUGUAACAGCUGUGGAAAGAGUUUCACACAGAAGUCAACCCUUAUUUAUCAUCAGAGAGCACAACACAGGAGAGAAGCCUUAUGAAUGCAACAAAUGUGGAAAGAACCGUCCAGAGGAGGCCACAGCCUAGCAUAUAAGAAAAUUCACCCAAAUGAGAAAUCUCUAGAAUGUAACAAGUAGGGAAAGUCUUUCAUUUGGAAGAGAAAUCAGUUUGCAAUAGAGAACCCACACAGG